AUGCUCAGUCAUAGCCGGUCUUCUGGCCACAACCCACCUAAUAUCCCUGGCAUCGCCCUAUCGAAUGUUGGUGCGAGACUGCAUUUAGCACUGACUGCUGACACCUCCAACAGGACCUUGGCUGGGUAUCAUGUGCUAUACGACAUUGGUGUUGGACUAGGAUUCGACCAGCUCAGCCAUGUUGUGCAGACGGUUUUUCUGACAUAG